GUGGAUGUUGUGGCGGCGCCAUCUUGCCUGCAGUAGGGUACUCUUGGUUAAAUUAGGAAAAGUCAUGAAAUAUGAAGCCAAAAAAAAUUAUGUUAGUCAUUAAUUUAGAGACAUUAUACAUUGAAUGGGGUCCAAUUGACCCCAAGGAUAAUGGAAGGGUUGAAAUAAAAAUCAAAGAAGUUUAAUUCUUAUGUAAAAAGCAAUAAUUUUACACUCGAGGAACUGCAGUUGCAGGCUGACACGUUGCGCGGUCCCUUUAAGAGAUGCAACACUAUCAUCAGCUUCCUACUUCCUGGUUGCGUUAGCAUUGAGUUACGUUCAGAAUCAGCUUGCUUAUGUAUUAAACGGUGUAAACAGUCUAAAAACACAUCUGACAGAUAUACAGGGACUUUUUAGGGCCUAAGUGUUUCGCGGUAUAUUAUGUCUGGAAGAAAAAGAAAGAUGGUAGCUCUGACAGCAGCAGUGGCACCUAAACUCGAUGUAAACAAACAUAAAAACCGAAGAGAUUUAACGCUGAAGAAGCCCAUUCAUAGUGAAAGUGCUGAGACAGACCGAAGCCAUUACUUUACGCCCAAGACUGACCUGCAGCACAGACUGGGAGAGGGAUUUUUCAACCAACCGUGCAUCACUUUGGCCAAAGAACUCCUGGGCAAGGUGCUGGCGCGCACCUGUGCAGAUGGUACUGAGCUGCGAGGGAGGAUAGUGGAAACUGAAGCCUACCUCGGAGGAGAGGACAAAGCCUCACACUCAGCCGGAGGCAAACGCACCGAGAGGAACACGGCCAUGUUCAUGAAGCCGGGCACAAUCUACGUGUAUCCGAUCUAUGGCAUCUACCUCUGUAUGAAUGUGUCCAGUGAAGGGGAGGGUGCUGCCGUGCUGCUGCGCUCUCUGGAGCCCCUGCAGGGUCUUCCCACCAUGAAGCAGCUGAGGUCGGCCAGACGCAAAGAGGGAGCCCGGCAACUGAAGGACAAAGAACUCUGCAACGGGCCUUCCAAGCUGUGCCAGGCUCUGGAUAUACCCCGCUGUUUUGACCGUCGAGACCUCGCCUCGGAUCCAGAGGUGUGGCUGGAGAGGGACCCAAACAGCGAUCCAGCUGAUAAUAAAGAUAUUGUAUCAGCACCACGUGUUGGAAUUGAGUCCCAUGGAGAAUGGGCCAAGAAGCCGUGGCGGUUUUAUCUUCUUGGACAUCCCUGUGUUAGCGUAGUGAAUAAAGAGGCAGAAAGAGAGUCUCUGUCUGGAAAUGUAAUGAACAAUUUGGGUCCCUCAGAUGUAGAGUCUGACAGAGGACAGCGCAAUGUCAUACGGACUUCACAGGAACAUCACUGAAACUGUUUUGCCAUCUGUUUCCUUUGUGAGCUUCACUGUUCAGCCAGGAUUAAGACGUAUGAAUCUCAAUCUGGUCAGCUGGUGCAGAUUACUCCUCAAACAAAUGAAAUAGAUUUAAAUAAUUUAAAAAUGUUUAUAGUUUUGUACAUUAAAAUCGUAGGAAAACCUUAAAGGCUCUUUCAAAAUAGAAUGCAUCGAAAAUAAAUCAAAUGUUUCUCA